AUGUGCUCAUACAACAGGAUUAACAACACAUACGGUUGUGAGAACAGUAAACUAUUGAACGGGAUUCUAAAGACAGAAAUGCAAUUCGAAGGGUUUGUUCUUCUCGACUGGAACGCAAAGCAUACACUAGAAAGUGCCAAUGCUGGUCUAGGAAUUCUGGCAGCUUGGUAUCUUGUUGGUCAAGACAACGACUUCCCAAUUCCUGGCAUUGGCAUGAAAAAUCUGACUGAGCCGCACGAUCAAAUCGACGCCCGUGAUCCUAAGGCGAGGCCAACAAUACUCAGUGGAGCUCUUGCGGGCCACGUGUUAGUGAAGAACGAAAAUAAUUCACUACCUUUCAGCGGGGCCCCGAAGAUCAUGUCUAUAUUUGGAUAUGAUGCAACAGUACCUUCGACGAAGAAUACCGACAAACUUUUUGAGCUUGGAUACUACUCCUCCCCAGAGAUGGCUCAGGCUGUACUGGGAACAGAGAGGCAUUUUGACCAGGCAGCCAAGGGGGGAACCAUUGUCAGUGGGGGGCGUGCUGCAGCCAAUGCGCCUUCAUACCUACUCGAUGUAAGCACCAUACUCUCCCAGGUGAGUGUUUUUGGGCUGACGGGGCUCUAG